GCCUCCCUGGACAGAGAUCUCCUGGAGGACUCGGCUGCUCUGCUCUCCUAACAGUGAGUUGUUCUUGCUUUCAUUUAAAACAGAGUUUAACCCUGUUAAACAAGGAGCAGUUUUCAAAGAUAGGGGAACGUUCUGGAUCAGAUUGAUAACAGCAUUCCGAUUGAAAGAGGAAGUGGCUUGCCUUGACAGCUUCCCUCACAAAGCCAGUUCCUCGCAGCGUGGCCUGUUUGGGUUCUUAAAGUUAUUGGGAGGCUAUUCAUUCCAGGUCUCUGGGGCCUUUCGUGUUCCUGCAUGAGAGUCAGACCGCAGAUUGUUCACUCGGCACCCCAGAGUUCUCGUCGAUGCCCUUGGAGAAGGACUCAUUCCUCUCCUCCUCAAAGUUAGUCCCUUCGGUGCCAGAGAAGCACUCUCCUGCCUGUUCCGCGAAGGUGAUGGCUUGGCGGUAACCAGGCGAGAGGCCAGAGCCCAACGAGAGUGUUCACGCUUGGAGUCUGUUGUAGGAAAGUGGCUUCCAUUUUGGUGCUGGUACUUACGUGGGAGAAAAAACUUGGACAGGGAAAGAUCUGUGUUCCUGUUAACAAACCAGUACUCUAGAAUGGACCCAGCCACCUAUGCUGAGUAUUUGAAAGAAUCCGGAAACCAGAUUUUUAAGAGUGGGAACUUUUCCUUGGCCAUCAGAAAAUACGACGAGGCCGUCCAGGUGCUGCUGCAUCUGUACCACUGGGUCCCCCCGAGAGACCUGGCCGUGCUUCUCUGCAACAAGUCCAAUGCCUUUUACAACCUGGGGAAAUGGAACGAGGCGUUUUAUGCCGCCAAAGAGAGCCUACAGUGGGAUCCCUCUUACGUCAAGGGCUACUACCGAGCUGGCUACUCGCUCCUGCAGCUGCUGCAGCCCUAUGAGGCUGCCCAUAUGUUUCUAGAGGGUCUGCGCAUCCUCCAGAGCUCCCCGGACCAGGUGCAGAUCUCCGACCUCAUUGUGGGCAUCUUCACCACCAUCAGUGGGGAACACAUUAUCCUGCACAGCUUCCUGCCCUUCUUUGAAAAGAUCUUCAGUGUUGGCUUCGAUGCGAGUGUUUGGCAGGCAGUCAUCGAGAAGCUGGCCAAGAAGGGGCUGUGGCAUUCCUUCCUCCUCCUGUGUACUAAGAAGGAUAAGUUGCCCUGUGACCUGAGGGUGCCUGACCUGUCCUUGAAGGGUCUCUUUGAGAAAUACGUCCUCUUUGGGCACUAUGAGAAGAUGGAGCAGAUGCCAAAGCUGGUGCAGUGGCUGAUCUCGCUGGGGGCCAGCAUCCAAAGCAUCGGGCCCUACCCCCUGCACGCCAUCAUGAAGCUCUGCAUCCAAGCGAAGGAAAACCACCUGUUUAGGUGGCUGAUGGAGCAGAAGCCCGAGCUGAGAGCAGACAUUAACCAGACGGAUGCCGGCGGGUGCACCGUUCUGCACAUCGUCGCCUCUCACCGCGCCGGGUACCUCGGCAGACGCCAGACCGAAGAUGUGCAGAUGCUCCUGUACUUGGGGAUAGACCCCACCAUUGUGGACAAGCAGGCGCGCUGCGCCAUCGAUAUCCUCAAGCGCAACAAGAACUUCAAGGCUGUCGACAAAAUCAACUCCUUCUUGGAUACCCAGAAGCGGGGCUGCGCCAAGGGACCCUCAGGGCAGAACGUGAGCGAUGCCUCCCUGCGUGAGAGCCAUGCCUUUCUGGACAUCUUGGAACCCUUCAUUCAGUACCUGUGUACAGAGAACCGCUCCCAGCAGAAGGGCCUGCUCAAGCACGAGGUGGUCCAGAGGUUCCUGCGCCUUCUGUCCACCAUCCAGGUCCUCCCCCCCCUCAUCGUUUGUGAGUUCGACCACGCAUGCGCCAGCACCUUCAUCCGGCUGCUGCUGGAGAAGCAGAAGUGGCACGAGGUCCUGCUGCUGUUGACCGGUAAGGCCGAUGACGAGCCGUCCGUGGCCGACGGCCUCAUGAAGAACUGCAACCUCUCAGACCUGGACAUCUGCACCGUCAUCCAGCACCUGAGCCGCUGGGACCGGCGCCGCCUCUACCUCCUGGGCUGCCUGAUCGACUGCGGGGCCCCCACGGAGGGGCUGGACAGGAACCGAGACUGUGAAAGACCACUCACGAUGUGCUUGAAAAGUGGGGAUUAUCAGCUGGCCUUCCUGCUGUUGACCAAAGGCGCGGACCCCCGGGGCAUGACCCUCACAGAAGGGGACAUGCCCCUCCACGUGGCGCUGUUCAUCUACUUGGAUAAGCGAGCGGACAUCGGCUUCACCUUCCUGAGUCACCUGCUGGACCUGUACACCUCCAGCCCAUCAGACUUCUCCUUCCUGAACCCCAACGCGCAGGAUGCCAACGGGAACACGGUGAUGCACAUCAUCUUCCAGAAGGGGAUGCUGAAGCGCGUCAGGAAGGUGAUGUACUUGCUGGCUGGGUUCGACAUCGACUUCAGCCUCAAGAACAAGGACGGCAAAGACGUCCGGCACCGCAUCAAGAAGAACGACUCUCUGCUGCUGACCUGGAAGAAGGCUGUGAUGGAGAACCGCAAGAAGGGCCGGCCGGACCAGAUCUCCUCACACCCGCCGUGCCUCCUCAAGACACCGCCCGCUGGCCCCACGCAGCAGCAGAAGAACGCGGCCCCCUCCGUGGUGGGCUCCGCCUCGCGGCUGCCACUGGGAGACACGACUCUGUGGGGCGACGGGCGGGCCCCCGAUGGCCGGGACGGGGGUGGGGCACCGGGCGCCACACGGCCGGGGGCCGAUGGCGGCAAGCCCUUCGGUCUGCGGGACAGCCUGGUGCAGGCCAUCCUCGCCCUGAUCCAGCAGAUGGAGCUGGGCUCCCUGGGCCCCGAGGACACACCCCUGUCCCCCAAGCCCACCCCAGCGGGGGCCACGGAGGAAGGGAACCCCGAGGACCACGCGGUGCCCGAGGAUGGCGACAGCGAGACUCCCGGAGAGAAGGCACCUCCCCCGGCCAAGCCGGAAGCAAAGGACACCCGGCCCCAGCUGGGGGCGGAGCCCCCACCCGCGGAGAACAGGGAAGAGCGGCGGCGUCGGGGCGAGGGCGUGGAGGAAGAGGUGGCGGACGCCCCCGCGCAGUUGCUGGAGGGCUACCUGCCGGACUUUGACAACAUGACCUGGGAGAUCGAGUGCACGUCGGAGAUGCUGAAGAAGCUGGCGAGCAAGGCGGUCACGCGGGUGCUCAGGAAGAAGAUCGUGCUGGCCAUCCAGCACCUGGGCAACGGCGAGUGGACGCAGGGCCUGCAGAAGCGGCUGCGGCACCUGCGCGGCGACAUCCGGCUGUACGAGGCCAAGCUGGACAAGGGCGCCCGCAUGCUCUGGGAGCUGGCCAUCGACUUCUCGCCGCGCUGCAGUGAGAACCCCGAGAAGAUCAUUGCCACGGCGCGGGCCGCGCAUCCCCUGGAGACAUCGGGCGGCGUCUACACGGAGAUCAUCCGCAUCUGGGACGUGGUGCUGGACCACUGCAAGCUGAACGACGCCAUCAGGGCCAUCUGUGCGGCCUACAACCGUGGCCUGUCCUGCGUCCUGCGCAAGAAGCUGAAGGGCAUCCACACGGGUCAGCUCUCCUCAGGCCUCAAGGUCCAGAAGCGCAUCCCGCGCUGCUACGUGGAGGACACGGAUGCCGCGGAUGGCCGGGGCCGUGAGCGCGCGGUGCCCGAGUACUUCCCGCCCGCCAGCGCCGUGGCCACCGAAUACAACAUCAUGAAGUUCCACAGCUUCAGCACCAGCAUGGCGCUGAACAUCAUCAGCGACUCUGCCACGCCCGCCGAGUACCCCUUCCGGGUGGGCGAGCUCGAGUACGCCGUCAUCGACCUCAACCCGCGGCCCCCGGAGCCCAUCAUCCUCAUCGGCCGCAGCGGCACGGGCAAGACCACGUGCUGCCUCUACCGCCUCUGGAAGCGGUUCCACUCCUACUGGGACAAGGCGGACCGGGCGGGCAGCCCGCUGCUGGCCAAGCACGUGUGGCGGCGUGGGGCGGGCCGGGCAGCCGAGGAGGAGGAGGAGGAGGGGGAGGAGGAGGAGGAGGAGGGGGAGGAGGCCGCCGAGGACGCCGACGAUGAGGAUGGGGGGUCCCCGGGGCCCGAGGCCGCGGACGGCAGCGGCGACGAGGACCCCGAGGACGGGCCGCCGGAGCCCGCGGACCAGGCGGCUGAGCCCGUGCAGGCCGUGCGGCUGGAGCACCUGCGGCAGGUCUUCGUCACCAAGAACCACGUCCUGUGCCAGGAGGUGCGGAGGAACUUCGUGGAGCUGACCAAGUCCAGCAAGGCGACCAGCCACUUCCGACCGCUGGAGCCCGGCGUGCACCGGCUGCAGGACGUCAGGGACGAGAGCUUCCCGCUGUUCGUGACCUCGCGGCAGCUGCUGCUGCUGCUGGACGCCUCGCUGCCCGACCCCUUCUUCCUGAGGAAUGAGGACGGCAGCCUCAAGCGUCACAUCUUGGGCUGGUCCUCGCACGAGGAGGCUGCCAUCCCCGGCCGGCAGGAGGAGGCCGAGGCCGGCGACUACGGCGAGGAGGACGAGGCGGCGGAGGCGUGUGGUGGCGAGACCGACCCCCGUGUGUUCGUGACCUACGAGGUGUUUGCCAACGAGAUGUGGUCCCAGAUGGUGAAGGGCAAGACGCCGUACAACCCGGCGCUAGUGUGGAAGGAGAUCAAGUCCUUCCUGAAGGGUUCCUUUGAGGCGCUGAGCUGCCCACAGGGCAGGCUGACCGAGGAUGCCUACCAGAAGCUGGGCCGCAAGCGCUCGCCCAACUUCAAGGAGGACCGCGGCGAGAUCUAUGCACUCUUCCGCCUCUACCAGCGCAUCCGCUCGCAGCGGGGCUACUUCGACGAGGAGGACGUCCUCUACAACCUGUCGCAGCGGCUGUCCGGGCUGCGCGCGCUGCCUUGGUCCAUCCACGAGCUCUACGGCGACGAGAUCCAGGACUUCACGCAGGCCGAGCUGACGCUGCUGAUGCGCUGCAUCGAUGACCCCAACGCCAUGUUCCUCACGGGUGACACGGCGCAGAGCAUCAUGAAGGGCGUGGCCUUCCGCUUCAGCGACCUGCGCUCGCUCUUCCACUACGCCAGCAAGAGCUGCGCGGACAAGAAGCGCUGCCCCGUGCGCAAGCCCCGGCGCAUCUACCAGCUCUACCAGAACUACCGCUCCCACUCAGGCAUCCUCAAUCUGGCCUCAGGGGUGGUCGACUUGCUGCAGUAUUACUUCCCCGAGUCCUUCGAUCGUCUCCCGAGGGACGCUGGUCUCUUUGACGGCCCCAAGCCCACCGUGCUGGACUCCUGCAGCGUCAGUGACCUGGCCAUCUUGCUCCGAGGCAACAAAAGGAAAACCCAGCCCAUCGAGUUUGGAGCCCACCAGGUGAUCCUUGUGGCCAACGACGUGGCCAAAGAGAAGAUCCCCGAGGAGCUGGGCCUGGCUCUGGUGCUGACCAUUUAUGAGGCCAAGGGUCUGGAGUUUGACGACGUCCUCCUGUACAACUUCUUCACGGAUUCGGAGGCGUACAAAGAGUGGAAGAUCAUCUCCUCAUUCACUCCGUCGUCCGAGGGCCGCAGCGAGGAGAGCAGGCCACUGGUGGAAGUGUCCUUGGAGAGGAUGCACACGUCCCCAAGCCGGUCCCAGCUGCUCAACAUGGAGGCCUACAAGCUUCUCAAUGGCGAGCUGAAGCAGCUGUACACGGCCAUCACGCGUGCCCGCGUCAACCUUUGGAUCUUCGAUGAGAACAGGGACAAGCGGGCGCCUGCCUUCAGAUACUUCAUCAGGAGAGACCUUGUACAAGUGGUCAAGACGGACGAGAACAAAGACUUUGAUGACAGCAUGUUUGUGAAGACGUCGACCCCGGAGGAGUGGAUCGUGCAGGGAGAUUACUAUGCCAAGCAUCAGUGCUGGAAGGUGGCAGCCAAGUGUUACCAGAAGGGAGCCGCCUUCGACAAGGAGAAGCUGGCCCUGGCCCACGACGCCGUCCUCCAUGUCAAAUCCAAGCGAGUCAGCCCCAAGGAGAAACAGAUGGAAUACCUGGAGCUGGCCAAGACCUACCUGGAGUGUGGUGAGCCCAAGCUGUCUCUGAAGUGCCUAGGCUAUGCCAGGGAGUUCCAGCUGUCCGGCCUCCUCUGUGAGAAGCUAGGAAAGAUCAAAGAUGCCGCCUACUUCUAUAAGAGAAGCCAGUGCUACAAGGAUGCUUUCCGCUGCUUUGAGCAGAUCCAGGAGUUUGAUCUGGCCCUCAAGAUGUACUGUCAGGAGGGGCUCUUUGAGGAGGCCGCGCAGGCCGUGGAGAAGUACGAGGAGAUGCUGAGGGCCCAGAUGCAGCCCGGGCCUAAACUGUCCUAUUCCGCCAGCCAGUUUUACCUGGAGGCUGCGGCCAAGUACUUGAGCCUGAACAAGGCCAGAGAAAUGAUGUCCGUCCUCUCCAAGCUUGACACCGAGGACCAGCUGGCCUUCCUCAAGUCCCGCAAGCGCCUGGCCGAGGCCGCCGCCCUGCUGAAGGGGGAGGGCCGCCGGGAGGAAGCGGCCCUGCUCAUGAAACAGCACGGCUUCCUGCGGGAGGCUGCGCGGCUCACGGCCGACAAGGACCUCCGGGCCACCUGCCUGCUGGAGGCCGCACGCCUCAACGUGGCCCGGGGCUCCGACCUGGAGGACACCAAGGCCAUUCUGAAGGAGGCGCUGGCGCUCUGCUACCAGACGGGGCAGCGCGUGGGCCUCGCUGAGGCCUACUUCCUGCAGGGGGUCCUGCUCAAGGACUUCCUGCGUCUGGAGGUGGCCUUCUACAAGUUCAUUCACCUCAAUCACCCCGCGGGUGCGGUGGAGGCGCUCUAUGAAGCCAUGCGCCACUGCCGGCCGGGUGCCGACAAGCUGCUGGCCCUGGCGCCGGGGGGCCUGGAGGCGCUGCUGCACCUGGUCAGGGCCCUCAGGAGGGUGACGAGCAACGCCGAGAAGGAGAUGGUCAAGUCCUGCUUCGAGUUCUUCCGCGUCUCGCAGGUGGACACUGCGCACUGUCAGAUGUCCCACAGACCGGGGCCCAUCCUGAAGAUCGUUCUGGACCUGAACCCGGGCUCCAGGGAGAGGGGGGCCCGAGACCACCUGCUGGUGGCCAGUGAGGGCAUCAGGCUCGCCCUCACCAAGCACCUGCUGGCGCGGCUGUGCGAGAUCUCGCGGGGCCUGCUGGGCGCCGCCUACCCGGGCAUCUGCGGCAGGUUCGUGGCCGGCCUGCCGUGUGAGGACCCCGCUUGCAAGGACUUCCACCGGCCCCUGCGGCGCGGCGAGGCCAGGACCAUGGUGCAGUCGCGGAUGCACCUGGCCGCCCUCCACGGGCUGCUGCUGGAGGCCAGGCGGGCGUUCCCCAGGCUGCUGGCGCCCGAGCUGGAGGAGAUCGACUGCCUGCUGACGGCCGAUGCCUAUGGCCCCUGCCAGGCCUUCCUCGACGUCGUCUUCCCCAAGCACUUCCACCUGAGGGUCAUGUCGGAGAACCCCGCGGCGUGCCGGGAGGUGCUGCGGCCCAGCUACCGCUCCUUCCGGGCCUACCGCGGGGCCCUCCAGGAGUAUGUGCGCUCCCGCUUCUGGCAGGAGCGCGCCUGCAGCCGGCGUGAGUCCACAGACCUGUGGCUGAGUGCCAUGCGGGCCCUGGCGCUGUCCGCCGGCUACCCCGAGGAGUUCGAGAAGCUGCUGCACCGGGUGGAGGAGGACUAUGGCCGGGAGCUGCGGGCGCUGGGGCCGCGGGCUGCGGGCGUGGAGGGCCGCCGCGGCAUGCUGCUGCCCCACAAGGACGACGAGAGUGCCGAGAAGAUGCACCUGUGCUUCAUCCGCCUGCUGCAGGGCUCCAUGGACCGGCUCUACGUGUCCCGCGACCCCGAGGGCUGCAAGCGGCUCUUCUUCCGCUUCAUGAAUGUGCUGGUGCUGCGCCACGAGGAGCCCCUCGUGCCCGCCAUCGGCCACACGCUGGCGCUGCUCGAGUUCCAGUUUGUGCACUGUGGCGCCGUGCUGGCACGCCUCUGGAAGGGCGCUGCGCUCUGCCUGCCACGCAGCUACGUUGCCCUCAUGCACCACUGGCACUACCUGUUUGGCCGGAAGGAUGGGGACGGGGACCCGGGCGACAUCUUCUCCAUCAUCCAGGAGUACAGGCCCAAGGACGUGAGCCACGCCGUCCGUGCCUUCCGCUUCCACCUCGCCUACCUGGCCCGCGUGCUCUGCGGCUGCGAGAACGGCAACUUCGAUGUCCUCCUAGACGCCUUCGGCGACGUCCGCCGUGUGGCGUCCGGCGAGGCCGAGCGCGCCGUCGUCCUGUGCCUCGUCAUGCUUGUCAACGCCGACGCGGUCGUAUGGCCCCGCUGCAAGCCCGUGCUGUGCCGCCACUUCCCGGAGCUCGCCUCGCGGCUGAAGCUCAUGCGCGCCGCGUGCCCCUCAGGGGUGCCCGAACGGCUGCUGAGGGUGGUGGAGCGGGUGCUGGCCUCCGCCGACAUGAAGGCGGUGGCCGAGGCCCUGCGGGACCUCCUGUACGAGCGCGACGAGGAGUACCUGGUGGAUUGCUGCUGGCGCUGGGACGCCGCAGUGAGGGGCCUCUACUUCGAGGAGGUCGACCUGAGCCGGCUCCUGGGCCCCUGGCCCGUGGAUUCCUUCGCAGUCGACCCCGAGGCCGAGCGCGACCACGACGAGGCCGGGGAGGAGAGAGAGGACGUGCUUGCCUCCAUCGUCUUCCAGAAACGGCGGAAGGAGCUGCAGAAGAUCUCCACCCGCCGCAGGCUCCGCGGGGUCUGCCUCGUCGUCUCCCUCUGCGUCAGGUGGCGGCGGCGGGCAUGCACCAAGGCAGAUACCUUCUGGGGGGAGCUGUGCGAGCCGGGCGCCGGCAACUUCGAGAAGGCCGGCGUGGACCGGACGCAGUGCGACCUGUGCGGGGUCAAGUUCGUUCACGGCCCGGGGAGCUACUUUAGCCUGAGGGAGGCCUUCGAGGCCAAGACUUCGGAAGCCCUCAUGCCCGGGGAGGCCGAGCCUGCGGAGAAGGACGUCUUGGAGGGGAGCCUGGACUUGGGGUCCAGCGAGUCCUACGAGAAGCACGUGGGCCUUGAAGCCCACCAGAAGAAGCUCGCAGCCUACCAGCGGUACCUGGAGUUCUUCAGCACAAGGGUGGACCCAGCCAUCAGCGAGGGCAAGCUGGUGGUGAGGAGUGUCGCGCAGAGCGCCGGGGCUGAGAGCCACCUGGGCGCCCAGGAGCACAACCGGGUUCUUCAGAGAAAGAUCCUGGAGAAUAUUAAAAGGGUCUUGGAUGCGGCGGAGGACGUCUACAGGAGGAAGGCCUGGGCUGACGCUGAGGAGACCAUGACUAGGCUGGUUAACAUUUUGACCCAUUCUGUCAGUGAUGCUCGGGAGUGGCUGAUGAAAACGGAGGACCGUUUGAAGGAGGAAGGCAUUGUUCAGGAAAAUGAAUACGAGAACGACGUGGAAGACUUCGGGGAGCUCCGGCCCAGGACGUUCUCCAGGAAGCGCAGCUGGCGCUGGAGAUACUGAUGCCCCCCCCGGGCGGCGCCCUGCCACGUGGCUGUACAUAGUGUAAAGAAGGCGCCGCCAGGCCUCUGCUUCUGGCCUGUUCGUUGCUCUGUCGUUCUCUGGGGCCCAGGCACUUGUGUGCCCACCCGCCUUCGCCACAGAGCAAGGGGAUUUCCCUCACCAACCUCCCACAGGCCUGGCUUCCCGGCAGCCCCGGGGGGGGCUCCUGCACCAAGGCGUCGCUGGCCCAGAGAUUGGUGGAGAUGGGUGGCUGGCCCUCGUGGCCCGGCCCGGCCCCUUGGAGCAGUCCCUGGUGCUGCCCUUCCUGCCCUGUGGCGGCGGCACGUGAGCACGACUUGUACAUAGGAGGCGCCACAUGCCCGAGGCGUGCUGCACUGUUCCUGCACACAUGGAUGCUCCGUGGGCGGGGGCAGGAGCUGUGCCCUCCUGGCUCUCCUGAUACCUGUCUCCACCUGCCGCCCCCCAGGACCGCCCCGCGGGCUGCACGGAGCCGUGGGGAGAGGGUCAGGGGCCCGACGUUCUCUCUUAGGCAGCCCUCUCUGGAAACAAGCCUGCCUUUCCUCGGUCUCGACAGCCAGCCUCAGUUUCUUAUGCUGACCGAGAUGCGCCUACCUCAGAAUUAGGUCAGGAGUGUCCUUCCCCAUGUCCUGUGGAGGGCUUGUUCUCUGUGCCCAUUCCCCGGGGAGGUCCCACGCCCGGAGGCUCAGCCUGCCUUACAGCGGUCGCCCUCCCCUGGUACUAAUGAAGGCGAGCCCCCGCCGCCCUCUGAUGGAGCUACACCUCCUCCUCUCCAGCCGCCCUCUGUCCAGCCCUGCGUCCAUCCGUCCGUCUGUCCGGUGCAGGCUUGGAUGAUGAAGGUGGCCCACCCUUCGGAGCUCUUGAGGAGAGGAAGCAGCUGGCCUGCACCGCCGCCCGGCCUGCCUUGAGUGCCCGAAGGGAAGGGAGGCCGCGUGCGCCCUCAGCUGCCCUCUGUCACCGUCACCGCUGUCUGCCACGUCCUUUCGCUUUCUCUUUGCUGCCCAUGCGGGGCCGCUGGCCCUUCCGCCCCUGCAGCCGUCUUUUUCUGUUCUUCACUUUUGUUCCAGAUGUUUUUAUAGAUCUCACUUGCCAAAACCAAAACCAAACAAAAAUAUUGUUGUCUAUCAAGUUUUUAUAAAUCCAGAUGGUUUCUCUUAA